UUCGAACCCUAUCUAUACUGUGCUGCUAUCUUUAUUGGAAUUCGUUUUCGCUAUUUUAUUUUUCUGUGGAUUUUUGUUCUUCCGUGUUAAAUAUUAAAUUAUUGGAAUAUUAUAAAAAGUCUCACAAAGAAAAAACAGCGUAGGAAUUCUUUGAAAAUGACAAUGGGUGGAGAUACACCAACGUCUUCACUGAUUUUUCCAGUAUUGCUGAGGCCAAUAUUCGCCAAGUUGGAACGCCGAGAUGUGGGCGCAGCACAGUCGCUGCGUUCAGCCAUAAUGAAAUGUGAACAAAAUAAUCCAGGUUUGUGUUAUGACCUCGUGGCGGCCAUUAUACGUCGCGCAGAACUGAAUGUUAAUCUCAAUGAGGCAGUGCUGCGUUUACAAGGCAACAUAGCGGAUGCGGAUCUAAAUGAAUAUCGUCUUACAAGAACUGAAGAACCAUUCCAAGAAUUGAAUCGCAAAUCGGUUGCGCUCAAAGUUAUACUCAGUCGAAUUCCAGAUGAGAUUACCGAUCGCAAAGCCUUUUUGGAGACCAUUAAAGAAAUCGCCAGCGCAAUAAAAAAGCUACUAGAUGUCGUUAAUGAAAUUGGCUCGUUUAUACCCGGUGUCACAGGCAAACAAGCUGUCGAGCAGCGCAAAAAGGAAUUUGUAAAAUACUCCAAAAAGUUCAGCACAACGUUAAAAGAGUAUUUUAAAGAAGGACAAUCGAAUGCAGUAUUUAUAAGUGCUCUUUAUCUGAUACGACAAACGAAUCAAAUAAUGCUGACAGUGAAAAGCAAAUGCGAGUAGAGAAUUAAAAAAAAAUAAAUAAAAUUUAGUGGCAUUUGCUAAAUGAAAAAAAUCAAAAAUAUGGAAAAACAAUCAUGUUUAAAGUAAUUCAUUUAACUAAUUGCAAAACAUACUCCAUAAAUUAAAUCUUGAGCCUAAAUAACUAGUAACUCAACUAACGAAAAUAAUACCAAGCUGCAUCAUUUUAAACAAGUGAGCAGUUGGCAACGGAAGAAAAAUUGGGAAUAACGCAAUGUCUGCGCUACAUUUUUAUCCUGUAGUAGUUAAAAUCGGUUUUAGUUAAAUUCAACAUGAAAGUAUAUAAUAAAAUGAAGAUAUCGCUGAUUUUGAGUAAACAUAUUAAAACUUCUUAUUACACUAAUACCCUACUCAUGCUAGAAAAAAAUUCGCUUGUGGUUUAUGAAAGAACAAAAACAAAGAGAAUUUGUUUAAUGUUUAAUUAAAUUUCUUUUCUUAUACAUAUAUUGUAUUAUGGUUUAUAGGGAUUUCAGCUAUGUGGAGUGUUGCGGGAGUGCACGCUUUUAUUCGAUGGGUUUAUAUACAAAUCAUGUAGCAAAGCCUCAGUUACUGUAUGUAAAUAUUAAAAUGUAAUAAUUGUAUUAUUUUUAACACUAACACUUUGCAUUUUCAAUUCUAAAACUCAUGAAACACCAAAGUAUUCUAAAAUAAAAGGCGGGGAAUUAAAUUGA